AUGGAAGUAGGCGCUGUUAAACAAGCUUUCAAUAAUGAGGUCAUCUUAAUGAAGAAAAAUUUAAAUCAAGCUAAGAUACAAAUUAUCCAUAAGCUUACAAGAAAAGCGAAGACCCUAACAGAGAAAAAGGUACCUGAGAAGUUACAAGGAAAGUUCACGAAAAAAGCUGAGUCUGCAGUUAAAGAAGUGCUAAUUAUUAAGAAAAUCAAAGCGAAAGACAUUGCAAAAUUUAUAGUCACACAUCAGGGAGAUCUUAAUAGUUACUUAAAUAAGCCAGAUGUGGACCAUGAUAAGGCAUGUGCAAGGUUAUUACUUCACAAAAGCUUACAAUCAAAGUACAAAUCUAUUAGAAGUAGAUUUAGUAAUACUUCAAUAGAAGACCUCUCCAUGUCUAGAUUAGAGAGAAGAAAAUUAAAGAAAGAAGCCAGAGAAAAGCAAAAGAAUAAAAAGAAAGCAAAAGAGGCGAAAAGAAAAGCAGUAAAUGGUGAAAGCAAAUGGGAAGUAGAAGAAAUAGACAAUGAUAAUACUAUUAAUGUAAAAGGCGAGGAGGUAGAAACUUUUGAUAAUGAAAUGCAAGAUGAUGAAGAAAUGGCUAACAGUAUAAUUGCAAAGUCUGAUGAUGAAGUUGACAAUUCAAAGGUAGUUAGCGAGUCAGAUGAUUCUUCAGAAUCGGAACAUAAAGAAAUAAGAGAAGAUAUAAAUGUAGAAACAAUAAAGAAUGUUCAAGUUGAAAAUUUUGUUUGUAAAAGAAGUGCAGGGUCAAAUAAAAACAUUGCACAUUCUAAUUUAGUAAAUGACAAAAAUGUGAAUAACUUACCCAUUAAAGUAGCAAAGGAAAAGAAGAAGAAAGAUUUGAGCAAAAAUAAGAACUUCAACGAAAAAAUUCUGAAGAGGAAAUUCAAUAAAGGCGUAGAUGAGCAACCAGCGCAGGAAGUAAAAAUUGUCGAUCCAUUCUUCAUAACGUCAACGGGCGAGAAUUAUAUGUCGGUUGUUGAGCCGAGGCAACCGGAUGAGAUCAAAGAUGUUCAUAAACAAGGUAAUAGGCAAUAUAGGAGAGCCGUGAUGUUCGGUCAUGUACCAAAGCCCAAACCGAGAAAGGACGGUGUUAAACAAAGCCACAGGAAAUUCGGGGACUACUCUAAUUCUAACAAUAAAGAUAAUUCCGCGCCAAAUAAUCGAUAUAAAAGAAAUAAUGCGAGCAAAGAAGAAAUUGAACAUGUCGAAAAAUUGCAUCCAUCUUGGGCGGCGAAGAAAAAAGUGUCUACUCUAUUGCCUUUCGAAGGUCGUAAAACUGUCUUCAAUGAUGAUGAA